CUUCUCGAGAGAGUAGAUUAAAUGCCGUUUGUAAUCGAGCAAGCCCAAGCCCAAGUUAGUUACAACAGUAUAAGCUAUGACAAAUCCAGCAAAUUCCAAGCCCAGGCCCGUUUCGUUUCAUGGUAAAGAAAGGCAAAAUGAUGCCCAAAAUUGACCGUCACCUUGCCAUUUAGUAAUUCACCAAUCAUCAAUGGGGACUCAUACCAAGAAGAUGAGGUUGUCCAAAACAUUUAUAAGUACUCACAGAGCAAAAGAUGUGAGACUCGGCAGAAAAAACAGAGUACUCAUCUUUCCCUUGGAAUGCUAACAAGAACAUAUAUAUCACAUCAUCUUCGGGGUUUAAUCCAAUCAGAGUAUAUAUCGAUAAUAUUUAGUGUGUUCCAUAUAUCUAUUUGGUUUGAAGUCGAACAGAAAAAAGGUGUUCAUUUGACAUCUACAAACUACGAGCAUUAGUAACAUAUAGCAUUUGACAGUAGCGUAACAAAUGAUUUCGAUCCGAUUGGAUUCAAUUCCAUUAAAUAUAACAAACAUCUUUCUUGUUUCUUGUUUGCACACUAACUAACACUAGUUGGCAACAAUAGUGGGAUUCUCCAUCAUUUUCAUAGGCUUGUAGAUAUAUCCAAAAGAUUACCAAUUUUGGCGACCAUGCACAAGUACAAAAACAUAAAUUAUUUUUUAUCAUAAUACAGAACAUAUAACUAAAAUUAUUCAUUCUUUAGGUUGAUUUUUUGUUCGACAUUGUAAAGGGAGAUAAUAAUCAUUUUUAAGCGUUUUCAUUCUCUACACACACUUUCUCAGGUAACAAACAAGCCUCACGCCACCACCAACCCGCGCCCCCUUUUCUCUCCCCUCUUUCUCCUCUGUUCAUCCAGUUGCAGACAGGAAAAGGGCGAACAGUCAGUCCCACAAAUCCCUCCGCCGGAGCUCUCAUCCUCCGACCACACUCGGAUAUGAGCGAUCCCGGGAAGCUGAAUACCUCGAGCUCCGAAUUGGACUUGGAUCGGCCCAACAUUGAAGAUUACCUUCCUUCUGGAACAUCCAUUCAUGAACCCCACGGCCAGCUUCGACUGCGCGAUUUGCUUGACAUCUCCCCAACGUUAACUGAGGCUGCCGGGGCGAUUAUUGAUGAUUCGUUUACAAGGUGCUUCAAGUCAAAUCCGCCGGAGCCUUGGAACUGGAAUGUGUACCUUUUCCCUCUGUGGUGUUGCGGUGUGGUGGUUAGAUAUGGGAUCCUGUUCCCUGUCAGGGUUAUCGUGCUAGCAAUUGGGUGGAUAAUCUUUCUCUCGGCCUAUAUUCCUGUUCAUGUUCUACUCAAAGGGCACGACAAGUUGAGGAAAAAGAUCGAGAGAUAUCUGGUGGAGUUAAUCUGCAGCUUCUUUGUGGCAUCCUGGACUGGAGUGGUGAAGUACCACGGUCCACGUCCCAGCAUGCGGCCGAAACAGGUUUUUGUCUCCAAUCAUACUUCAAUGAUCGAUUUCAUCGUCUUGGAACAGAUGACUCCAUUUGCUGUCAUAAUGCAGAAGCACCCUGGUUGGGUUGGACUCCUGCAGAGCACCAUAUUAGACAGUUUGGGAUGUAUCUGGUUCAAUCGUAGUGAGGCAAAGGAUCGUGAAACUGUAGCCAAAAAGUUACGUGACCAUGUUCAGGGAUCUGAUAACAAUCCUCUUCUCAUAUUUCCCGAAGGAACUUGUGUAAAUAACCACUAUACCGUGAUGUUCAAGAAGGGUGCCUUUGAACUAGGAUGUACCGUUUGCCCAAUCGCAGUCAAGUACAAUAAGAUUUUCGUUGAUGCCUUUUGGAACAGCCGGAAGCAAUCAUUCACAAUGCAUCUACUCCAGCUCAUGACAUCAUGGGCAGUUGUUUGCGACGUUUGGUACUUGGAGCCACAAACUCUCAAACCUGGGGAGACAGCUAUUGAGUUUGCAGAGAGAGUCCGGGACAUAAUCUCUGUGCGAGCUGGCCUCAAAAUGGUCCCUUGGGACGGGUAUCUGAAGUACUCCAGGCCGAGCCCUAAACAUAGGGAACAAAAGCAACAAAGCUUUGCUGAGACGAUUCUACGACGGUUGGAGGAACAGUAAAGAAAAGAGGUGUAGCUGUAUUUAGCAGUUCAUGUCGCAUCAUGUAAUGUUCGAAUCUAGAACUCUAGCAACGGGGAGAAGCCUGUGGUUAGGUUGAAAUUGAUCAAGUUUUGAUUUUUAAAGGAAAAGGUGUUGGCUUUUGGUUAGCUUUGUAAACAGUUCUGUGGGAAGACCCUGCGACUGUAGUGAACACUUGGAUUCCUUCCUCUGUUUUUCAGUGUCUUUUUUUUUACCUUUCUCAAUAGUGAAAGACGUUUUGUUUGGUUGCUUCAGUUUAGUCUGUUUCGAUGGUCGUGUUCAUUACGACACGGCAAAUGCUUGAACAUUACCGUGGACUUUUCAGUAGGGUAAACGGUCCACUUAAUCGAAAUCACGGCUAGACUUCCUGUCUUCCAUCUCCAUUGAUGAUAUGAGUGAAUGAAUGUCGAUUGAAUGAAAUUUUUACAGUAGGUGACAAGAGAGAGUGCCAAAAACGGAGAGAAGAGAGAAAUUGGUCCUUCGCCGGCCGACGGAAUUUCCACUCCGUCCUCCGCCAUUGCUAGGAAUAGCCAGCAGAGCGUUCGUUGGGCUCAUACGAAUUUCCAUUUCGGCCUCCGCCAUGCCGAUAAUUGAUUUGCUUUCUCUCUCCAACUUCUCUACUCGGCUCUCCCCUUCGCAAUUCAUCUUCAUUUCGCCUUCGGUCGCUCGCCGGCGACGAGCUCUGCUUAUUUCUCUGUUCUUUCCCGGUCAUUUUCCCGCUCUGUUCGUUGCAGCGAGGGUCUGGUAAAAGGCAGAGUCAAAAUAUCGUGGAAAAGUCAACAUAUCGUCAAAAUAUCACGAGAUCUCGUGGUAUAUAUCAUCUCGUCAAUUUCAAUUUCUCGUCAAUUUCUCGCGUUUCGAUUUUGGUUUUGAGGACUCGAAACGUUCCGCGUUUCGGGAUGCCAUAUUUUCGACUUUUCGCGCUGGUUUUCGCCGCUCCGUCGCUCGUUCUCCCGCCGAUUGCCCUCUGGCGUACUCCUCUUCCUGCUGCUACGGCGGCGGAGGCUGGUUGUGGUGUUUGUCUCCGAUUAAGGGAUUUUCUUCUACCUCCCAAAGCCCCGCCGGAGUUCCCCGUAUCUCCCCAGCCAUAAAUCCCUUAAUUAUCUGCUGUUUCCGUCAUUACCCACAAGGAGCGAGAGAUGUGAAGAAAAAUCCUUCUCCUUCGUCCUUCCUUCCCCGACGGACGCCAAUUCUUUUCUCCGACGAUGAAUAAUGAACAAUGAAUUUAACUACUCGCCGGAACUGAUUCCUCUGUUAACAAAAUCGCUGGGUUUUCUCUCUCUGGGAAACAGAGGCUCCCCUGUUCUCCUCUGUUGUAACAGAGUAUUCCAUUAUCCCAACGUCCGCCACAGUUAUGGAGAACAAGUUGUGUAAAAGAUAGCCGUUCUACACUCCAUAUGCGAAUAGACGACAAAAAUAUGA